CGGGAACAGAAAGCAGUUUAUCUAGCGAUUUUACCCCAUUUAAAAUUUAACACGCCAUGAGUGAAGAUGGUUGUUAUUCAACUAAGUUUUAUUCUGUGUGGAUUCCUGAUUCCAACUGGCUUUGCAAAGGAGUACUGGUAUGUGGUGGCACCCAAUGUGUUCCGUCUCAAUCACGAGGAAACGCUCGUGACGGGAGUCCUUGGAAACGGGAGAGGAUAUUUUCAGAUAAAGUUGUUUUUGGAUGACGUUCAAAUUGCUCAGAAGCAAGCGAUAGUUAUGAGCCAAGAAAACAGCAAUGUGGUAACAAUGAAGGUGACGGCAGAAAAUGUUAUGGGGUAUCUAGAAGCCGGGACCAAGAAGGAGCAGAAACCGACCCACGUUACUAUGGUGGCGUAUUUCCCGGAUGGCAGCCAGUCUACAAGAGAGAUUCCUAUUGGUUACACGUCUGGGUACUUGAUCGUUCAGACGGACAAACCACUGUAUACACCCAUGGAAGCUGUGAGUGUUCGUGUUCUUGCGAUGGAUGAAUCUUUGAAGCCAAUACGAGAUCAAAAUGUCUCCUUAGAUUUUCGAACACCAUCGUCUGAUAUCGCCGGCGAUGCAGGGGUAAAGACCGUGGACCGUAGAACCUUUAAAGGCAGCAUGAACGGCUUUUUCCGACACAGGUUCAUGAUUCCCCCGUACCCACAAAUCGGGGAAUGGACCAUAAAAGCAUAUUUGGCAGGACAGUACGAUACCGAAACAAUUGUUCCAUUCGAGGUCAAAGAAUUCGUUUUGCCGACGUUUGGAGUGAACAUAACGAGUGCGGACGAAUACAUCUUGGAGAACACAGAAGAGAUUAAAGUUAGAGUUGAGGCUACGUAUGUGUACGGAGAGAAGGUACAGGGAUCUGCGGGACUGCAGUUCAGCAUUGUGGAAGAUAACGGAGCCAAAAAUGAAGUCUUCACUGAAACUCGAAAUGAUCUUAUCAAUGGCUUGACAGAGUUUACUAUUAACGUCCGUGACUUACAAAAUGCACGUCGAAGGGGUUUUCCCGAAAAUGCACAUUUGCUUCUCGAGUCUGACGUCAUUGAGGAUGCUACUGGGAAAGAAGAGAAAUCAUCAGAGGAUUUCCUUGUAUUCACAAAGAGUCCCUUCCGCUUUGAUCUUUCAAGGUCAAAGAACACGUAUAGACCUGGCAUAAGUUAUUAUUUAAAGGGUGACAUGAUCUACGUAAAUGGACGAAAAGCAGACAAUCAGAGAAUAAAGAUUCGUUUGUUCGAGGGAAACGAAGAAAGAAGAAUGGUUAGAGAUGAGUACAUCACGAAUGACAUAGGACAGUUUUUGGUACAUGUUUCAACAGCAACUCAGCAACAACAAUUGCUCUUUCAGGUACAUUCCAUAGAUUACCCUGGAGAGACCGUCGAUUUUCACGUCAAACCUUACAUCGGCAACAAUCAAAUGGUUGUUGACAUAGUGGAUAGGGACAAUGCACCGUUUAUUAGAGCUUACACAAACAUGUAUCCGUUCAGUCAAUUUACUGGAAUUAUGAUGAUGAUUGUUUCACGUGGAGAAAUUGUGUACACUUCAUUUAGUCAACCGACAAAUGAAAUCAACAUUCGAAUGGAAAACCACAUCCUUAAGAAGGUUUCUCCUGGGGCCCGAUUGCUCGCGUUUUAUGUUGACAAACAUGGAGAUGGAAUAGUGGCUGACUCGACAAAGUUUGCGGUAGACCCCAUGUGCAAGGGUGAACCGCUUAGGUUGACCACCAGGAAGACAAUGGAAUACCCCGGCGCAAUAGGUACACUAAUGGUGACCGGACCUAGUGAUAUGUGGGUCGGGUUGAACAUCAUUGACAAAGCCUUGUUAUUGCGUAACAGAGACAACGUCAUCAAACACGAUACGAUAUUCCAAGCCUUGGACUCCCAUGACCUUGGCUGUGGAGACGGCAGUGGCCAGAAUAGCGAAGCAAUUUUCAAGAAUACAGGAUUAACGAUAUUGACAAAUGCAAAUGUAGACCAAGCAGCCCUGACACGAACUAGUGAACACUGUGACAAAGUGAAAAUGAGACGUCGAAGGAGCGUUUCUUCACUAAACCACGGCCUGGAGAGAAGAUCCAUCCUAACUGAUGAUGACCAGUAUAAAACAGAUGAAAACACCUUUUUAGAGCUGCUAGGGGUCACUCCAAGGGAGCGAUCAAAUGUCGAGACCUCGUAUUUCUUUGAAGAACACCAACUGAAUGAUGGAUAUUUGGAAAAAAGAAUAAGAAACAGAGAUUCAAUAACAGAGUGGAGUGUUCAAGCCAUCGGUAUAUCGGCAACUGAAGGGGCCUGCAUUGCUGAAUCAGUCGACGUAAAGACCUACCAGCCUUUCUUUAUCCACCUGGAUCUGCCUUACAAAGCUACUCGAUUUGAACGUUUAAACAUUAAAGCGACCGUAUUCAACUAUUACGACCAGACGCAAACUGUCAGUGUGUAUCUCAAAGGAGUUCAUGGACUUUGCUAUGGCACUUCUCCCGGGAAAAACUCACCGAGAACACUUUUUGAACUGAAGCCCAACAGCGCCCACAUCGUGUCAUUCUCGGCCAUGCCGUUGGUAGCUGGGGACAUUACUGUAACGGUUUCAGCAUUUGUAACCUCCGACUCAUCAGCGAAGGCCGAUGUCAUCGAAAAGAAGCUUCAUGUUGUUAAUGAGGGCAUCAUGGAAACGACACAAAUCCACGUUUGUUUGGACCCUAACAACCAAAUGGAGGCUUGUAGGAACUCGCCACAAGUGACUGCAUACGAUCCACUGCACGGGGAUAUAUCGGUUCGCAUUUACGUAAUCGAUCUUGCUUUACCAGGAAGAGCUUUGACUGGAACAGGCUCGGCUUCAGCCUAUAUUGAAACUGAGGGACAUUAUAAGCAACUUCAGUUACUUCACGAUGUGGCUAAACUGUUCAAUGAACCUUCCGGUAGUGGAGAGCAAACAAUGAUGCGGACAGCACCAAUCGUUUACGGGAUGAAUUACUUAAGAAAGACAGGACUAGAAACCGCUGAAAAUGAAGUUCAGGGAACAAGAUGGAUAAGACAAGGUAUUUUGAGAGAAAGUUCAGUAUACCAGAAGGGCGACGGAUCUUAUGCAGCAUGGAGGAGCCACCCUACCAGUUUGUGGUUGACGGCAUUUGUUGCUAAGGUUUUCUGUCAAGUCGAAAAGAUGGUAGACGGAGUUGUGGAUAAGGGAAGCUUAAGCAGGACUCUGCAAUAUAUCGUUGGAAACCAGAAAGGAUCAGGAUACUUUGUUGAUGACAACCCAGUAAGAAAUACUGGAAUGCAGGGUGUCUUUGGUCGAGGCCAACAAAAAGAAGAUCCUUCAUUGACAUCAUUUGUGUUGAUUGCAUUACAAGAGUGCCCUCAAAGUAACGAGGAAGUUGAUCAGGCGGUUUCCAAUGCCAUUGACUACCUGGAGGCUUUGCCACUAGGGAACCUGCAGAAUAAUAAGUACAUGCUUGCCAUCACAACGUAUGCCCUUGCUCUUAGUAACAGUAAACAAAAAGGAAAAUUGAAGGACCUUUUGCUGACAGCUGCAACCGAAACUGACGAUAUGAUGUUUUGGUCCGACCAUAGCGGUAACGAAGCUACGGGCGCUGAUGUUGAAACUACUGCGUAUGCUUUGUUAGCUUUUCUCAAGUUUAAUGAUAUUCGAACAAGUGGGAAAAUUGGUACAUGGUUAACGGGUCAAUGGAAAUCAAUUGGUGUUUGGGACACAACACAGGACACCGUUGUUGCCCUUCAAGCACUUGCUGAGUACAGCGUGCGAACCUACAAUCGAGAAGUGAACUUGGAAAUUGAAAUACAGAAUGGACGAGCAAUAAGAAGGGUUUCUGUAACAAACGAGAAUGCUUUUCUUCAAAGAGUCAUCCCUGAGCUUCUUACUAAGGGUGAAAGCAACAAUUUCAAGGUCACCGUUAGUGGCACUGGGACGGCUAUAAUGAACAUCGAGCUUCGCUGGAACAGGAAAGCGCUGCCAAAUGAGAAAUGUUAUUUUGACAUAUCACCGAUAAAGAUCGACAUAGUGAAUCCGGCAUUUUCUGGGUAUUCUCAAGAAAGGUUCGAAAUUCAAGAUCUGCCAUGCGAUGUGUGUGGACGAUGCCCUGGUGACUACAUAGACAAUAUAGACGAUGGGAUCGAAUAUUAUGACAUCGAUGAUGUUAUACAUAAUCGGCGUAAGAAACGAGAGGCAGUUGGCGAAACACCUCAAAAAUGUGUUACCUUUGAUGUCAAGACCGUCGAUGGUGAUAAAUCGCGUAUGGCCAUCGUGAAAGUUAAUCUAGAAACUGAUGUGAAAGCAAUAGAAGACGACUUUAAAGAGCUGAUAACAAUUGGUGUCAUCGAUAGAUAUGAGAUGCCGCAAGACGGAAAGAGUUUCGUUAUUUUCUAUAUAAAUGAGAUCAGUCAGGUCCCAAGGAAGUUCAUAUUUAGACUGGAAGAUCAUUUUCAAGGUAGCACCGCAUUCCGACAGCCUGCGACAGUUGUUGUUUACGACUACUACAAACCAGAAAAGACAUGCAUAGUCUCCUAUGGCAUUGGCGAUACUGAUGGACAUGAGAUUGCCUUCAGGUGUGACGAAAAUAAUGACCUUUGCGAAUGUCUGCAAAGCCAGUGUUCAUCUCCUGUUGAUGAGGAACUGUUCGAUUACACUGUCAAGUUUAGCAAACUUCCUAGGGAUAAAAAGGCACAAACGACGAAACCAACUGCCAUGAUCGCAAAUUAUGCAUGCAACUUGGAUAAAGCAAAUUUUGUAUACAAAGUCACGAUUGAAAAAACAUAUCUUGAUGAAGCUAUUGCGAUGAGAUGUGCCUCGGCAGUGAUAGACAGUGUCAUCCUCGCAGGAAAUGUGCCUCAAGAUCCUGGUGACAAAAUUGCACUCGAGUGGAAAUGGAUGUGCAGGCACCCAUACCUGAAAUGGGGGAAAACCUAUUAUAUCGUCGGAAAAGAUCCUAUAAUCUUCAAAGGUUACGGAAACGUUACAAAGCCUCGUUAUGAACUAAUGGGCACGACGUUAGUAAUUGAUCCCAGCUACAAUCCGAUGCUGAGAACAGUGAUGGACAGAUUUGAAAAACAAAUGAAGAAAAACAACGGCUGUUUCCAUUAGUGAAUAUAACCGUGUUGGUUUUCUGUAACAUUUCAAACACCUUUUUUUUUCUUUUAACUUGUAACAAUUGCAAUGUACUUUUAGCUAUGUGAUUUUAUAAUACGUCAUUUGAAGAAGCAUGGAAACGUUUAUGGUUUAAAUGUGACAUUGCGAAACGUGAUUUACACUCUUUUGUCAUGAUUUCUCAAAUAAUGGUGUCUGUGACAUCGAAAAACAGUAUAUUUAUUGAAGCAACAGUAUUGGACUUUGCAUUAAGACACUGCCUCAAUCCUUUUGUGACAUUUUACUAAAAAGCAGUUACUUUUCGUGUGGUUAAAUGCCAUUCAGAAGGCCUUUGCCGGUUUUUGACAUUUGAAUGAACUCGACAGACUUGUUAGGCAUUAGGUUUUAAAUAGUAAGCUGCAUUCAUUUACAUCAUAAUACAUGAAAUAUAAUGUCUCGUACAGGCUUGGACCUAACUUCUGGAUCUCUACUAUAUAAAGAAAAUAUGUGUAUAGUCGUAUGUAUUUCCUAUUUUGCUAAAUAUUUAAAGGCGCUUAUCCAAAUACGUAUAAAUAAAUAUAUUCAAUG